AUGUGCUACAUCGACAACGGCAACAACGACGACGACGACGACGACGAGGAGGAGGAGAGCAAAGCAGCGUAUCACGAGAUCUCGACACCAGUGCCUCAGGAAAACUUGAGGAAAGGAGCCAGAAGCAUGGCAUGCAAAGACAACACACGACAACGACGCUACCGUGCAGAGGGGAACCAACAGCAUCAGCAAGCAGAAGCAGAGGGACCGACCAGCCGAGAGACAGCGGAUAAGGAAUGA